UUUUGGAUAUAGUCUCUCGUCAACAUGUCGUCCAUAAAGAAGAUAUUCUUGUGCUUGUUUUUAGUGUAUUCUGCAUCUAGCUUUCUCUUUCUCAUUUACUUAAGGAAAUCAGUAGACAACAAGAAAAAACAUCGCUUAUCAAACUAUUCAAACUAUUCUAGUGAUAAAGAGAAACUGCUUGGUUGGAGACAGAAUGUUCAAUGGGAGUCCAAAUUAGACCUGCAUGAGUAUCGCUAUCUCAUCUACCCAGAGAAUGGAUGCAAGAAAUCAGAAAACAGGACAUUGCUUAUUCUCGUAAAGACAAAAGUGAGUAGUGCAAAACGGAGGAAUAUCAUCAGAGAAACAUAUGGCGAGGGAGUGGUUAAGUACAAUGUUUCUGCGAUGAUUGUAUUUCUUACUGGAAUCUCCGGGGAAUAUAAUUCAACCCUGCAAGCUCAGCUUCAAAGUGAGGCUGAUAUUCACGGAGAUAUUCUACAAGAGGACUUUAUUGAUAGCUACUACAAUCUAACCAUUAAACUCAUCAUGGCCGCCAAAUGGGCGUCCACAUUCUGUAACAAUAGUUAUUAUGUAAUGUCAACAGAUGACGAUGUCAUUGUGGACAUCGUUAACCUUGUCAACGAUCUCGAAGCAAAUACGUUUCGUUCGAAGUUUGUGUUAGCCGAGCCUGCAAUUGGCUGGAAACCUCAACGAGAUACUCAGAGCAAGUGGUAUACUCCAUAUCAAUUCUAUUCGGAGAAGAUAUGGUCUCCUUUUCCUCGAGGAUACGGGUAUAUCGUCUCCAGAGAUGUCGCCCAUGAUAUCUAUCGUGCCUCUCAGAAGAUGGCUGCACCGAUACCCUGGGACGAUGUAUAUUGUGGUAUGCUCUUACAGACAUUAGGGGUACAGAUGACAGAUAUAAUAUCUUGGUUUCAGACUAGACAUGGACAUGAGAAACAAGUGGCUCCAUUGAAAGCUCAAGACCACUAUGUGAUUAUGGGUGCUAUAAAGAAGCCCCUAAUGAAGACCUGGAGAGCAGUUGAACAUAGAUACAAGAACAUUCACAACCUGCAGUUUGCUCGUCCAGGAAGAUCUUACAUAGGAGAAGCUGUACGAUGGAUCGGCAAUGUGUUAAUUCUCUCUGUGAUGGUAGGUGUGUGUGUGUGGAUGUGGAGGUUUCCAUCAGGAAGGAACAGCGACAAGACUUCCACAGGAACAGUGUUCCAGACGGCCCUCCAGCCACCGCUACAAACACCGACAAACCAGCCAGGUGUAGAAGAGAUGGUGAGAGCAGUAAAGGAACUGACCGAUCGAGUCGUCGGAGCAGUUAGCAACCUAGCAACAUCGAUGAAACCACCCUUGCCUCGCAAUGCAGAGAAUGUACAAUGCUUCAGUAUUAUUGUAGCGGACGGGGACAUUAUGCUCGUGUCCAAGGACAGUGCACGUCAAGACAGGGGACAGGCCCCCCAGUAUACAGAUCGGUAUAGACGUGGUAGAAGGGAGAGACGUUGGGCACCAAGAGGGCGACCAUCUGCGCGCUACCCUUUUCCCAACCCGAUGGGUGGGCGUCACAUCCCGGGCAACCAUAUUCUCGACAUCCACCUGGCAACUUGGCUGGGUACAACAGACCGGACCCUUUUCUGUACCAGUACAUUUGCCUACGCCGGACGCCACUACCAGGACUACCAAUUGCCCCAUCAUCUUCGACUCCUGCAGAAUGGAACACCAUCGCCUACAUCACGUUUCAAUGCACAUGAACAACCUGAUUUACGGUAA